UCCCGGACUAUGAGCGGGGCGGUGAGCAACAGUCUGGAGGGGCCGGACGGCGGAAGGCCCGGCUGGGUCGCGGUCCUCGCGCUCUGGACCAACAACCUCAUGGUGAUCGGCAUUACCAAAGGUCUCGGGAUAAUGCUGCCGAUUUUGCAAAUCCAACUGACCUCCCAAAUGUGGAUUCUCGGCUGGAUAGCGUCACUGACGAUCGCAACAAGUGGAUUCGUAGCUCCUUUCGGAGGAUUAGUGAGCAGGCGCUUUGGGGCUGGUUACGCCAUGAUGACGUGUGGCGUGAUGAUGAGUGCAGCGGCCAUUGCCGGAUCGUUCGUCGAGAACUCUCUGCAACUGGCGUUGCUGUAUACGUUACUGGCAGGUACUGCCAUAGGUAUAUCGAGUGUCGUUGCAAAGGAGGCUGUCGGACGCUGUUUUACCAAGAACUACGCCACAGCAAUGGCAUCGCACGGACCGGCUUCUCCGUGGGACUGA